UGUCUCUCGCCCGGCUUUGGGCUCCUGUCUCCUCUCUCUCUCUACCUCCCUGUGAAGCGAACAGGGGGGAGAGGAUCAUAAAAAAAGCCAGGAACGGCGAUAGUGACAGCGCCUGCGGCUCCGGCGCCUGUGCGCGAUCUUCCCUCUCACUCACCAACAAACCCUCGCACCAAUGCGCGCCCUCAGCCAUCUCCAGCAGACACCACCGCAUCACAGCACUGCACCCGCGGUCUGAAAUUCACCCCCGCUCCCUUUAUUGUUGUAGUUGUUGAGCAUCCGACAUACGAGCAGCCAUCGAGACGCAAACACUUUCAAUUCAAUCCUUCAUCUGAAUGACGGGCGGACGGUUCGACUUCGACGAUGGCGGCACUUUCUGCGGUGGAUGGGAGGACGGAAAAGCCCACGGACACGGCAUUUGCACCGGCCCCAAGGGCCAGGGCGAAUACUCCGGGUCCUGGUCCAACGGGUUUGAGGUAGUUGGUGUGUACACCUGGCCCAGUGGAAAUGCAUACAAGGGCUACUGGGCACAGGGGAAACGGCACGGGCUUGGCGUGGAGUUCAAGGGGAGGUGGCUGUACCGCGGGGAGUGGAGUCAAGGAUUUAAGGGUCGGUAUGGGGUUCGCCAGAGUCUCAAUACACCUGCCAGGUAUGAAGGCACAUGGAGUAAUGGACUGCAAGAUGGAUAUGGGGUCGAGACGUACGGAGAUGGGGGUACGUACCAGGGCCAGUGGAUGGGCGGCAUGCGACACGGCUAUGGCGUACGUCAGAGCGUGCCUUACGGCAUGGCCACUGUCAUCCGCUCCCCGCUGCGCACCUCACUGGCCUCCCUCCGCAGCGAGCAGAGUAACGGCUCCAUUCUUCACGACCACAUGUCCGACAGCCCUGCUGGCACCCGGGGUGGCUUCGUUCUGAACUUCCACAGUGACAGCGAAGUGGGCUCCAGCAAAAAAAAGGGCCUUUUCAGACGGGGUUCGCUGUUCGGGAGCCUCAAGCAGCUGAGGAAGUCAGACUCCCGUUCUUCCAUAUCCAGCAAACGCAGUUCGGCACGAAGCGACGCCACCAUGAGCCGCAUCAGCUCUAGCGACGCAAACUCCACCAUUAGUUUUGGCGAUGGAGAAGUGGCUGACGAGUACAUGCCGGCUGAGGACAAUGUCGAUGCCACCACCACCGAGUCGUACAUGGGCGAGUGGAAGAAUGACAGGCGGAAUGGUUUCGGUGUCAGCGAGCGCUCCAAUGGGAUGAAAUACGAAGGCGAGUGGAUAAACAACAAACGCCACGGCUACGGGUGCACGAUAUUCCCUGAUGGGACGAAAGACGAGGGAAAGUACAAAAAUAACGUUUUGGUGCGUGGCAUCAAGAAGCAGCUUAUUCCCCUCAAGAACACCAAGACGAAGCAGAAAGUGGACCGUGCCGUUGAAGGAGCCAUAAGAGCGUCUGCCAUUGCCCGAACAAAAGUAGAAAUUGCCACCUCAAGAACUGCACACGCCAGGGCCAAAGCAGAGGCAGCUGACCAGGCGGCCCUGUCUGCCAGCCAGGACUCUGAUAUCGCCAGAGCAGCGGCCAGAGAACUGUCCCCCAACUUCUAUCAACCAGGUCCUGACUAUAUCAAGCAAAGGUUUUCCAGUGAGCCCAUCGAGAUUAAAGAAGUACCAGAAGAAAAGAAAGAGAAAUCGCCUUCAAGAAGUCCGCACUUUUAUCGCAAAGGUACGACCCCAACCCAGUCCCCUUCCCAAAGCCCCGGGCCCACACCACCUCCCUCCCCGCCUCUCAUCAAGAAAAAGCCCUUCUUUAACAGAAGUGCCCCAAAAGCCAUCAAAGAAAACAAGCCCCCUGCUGCCGAAAGCCUGGCAGUGGGUGUCACCAAGGCUAUUUCCAGGAUAUCAGACAAACAGGAAGUAAAACAGGAAGUAGUACCUGUAGCCAAACCUUCCAAGCCGCCGGCGCCGGUCGCCAAUGCCUCCAGCCCUGGGAAUGGUGAGCUGCACUCCCAGUAUCACGGAUACUAUGUGAAGGCGGAGGUGAUGAUGCCACCUGAUGAUCCAGAGGAUGAAGAACACCAUGCAACGUCAACUGCUCACACCAGGAUGCCCCCAUCUGCAAAGCAGUACCGCGCACCGACCCCAAAACCAGUAAUGGCCAAAGAGAGCAAACCCGAACCCAAACUGAAGAAACAGGAAUCAUUGAAGCCAAAGAGCCUAGCAGAAACUAAGAAAGCCAGCAUGGAAAUUACUACUGACAUUGUUGAGGAGGAGUCAGGUCCCAACUCAAUAUUGGUCAUACUAGUGAUGCUGUUAAAUAUUGGACUGGCAAUUAUUUUUGUCCAUUUCCUCACUUGACGGCACAUUAAACUCAGUGAGCUCAUGAAAACUAGCGGCAUAGGCCCCUAAUUCUCCGCACUUGCAUCAAUGGCCUUUAAAACAAAAUGGCGCCAGUCAGACUCAGACACAGGCAAAGGACUGGACGACUGGAAUUAGAGCAAAUCAUGGGAGAAAGACGAAACCCGGACCAUUCGGCCUGAGCCAACCCAGUUCCUCUGGCGAUGAUUUGUGACUCGCUUGGGCUCUGAAAGCUGAAGCAAGCAGUCGUUGGGAAAGAAAAAGAAUCUGCUGAUCCAAGCCGUACCCAGUCAAGUGCAUGUCCACCCCGCUGCUAAGGGGAGGGGUGGAAUGGGGGGACUUAACUGGAUAUGUUCGGAGAUGCACUUUUAGUUGACGGAAACGAACAGCUGCCUUUCUAUUUUACCAACUGACGUUUUAAAGGGGAGAUGUGUAGUGGGUUGCCAGUGUGUUUGGGCAGCAGGAGUGUGUACCACCUGUGUCCGCUUUCUGCUUGGUUCAAAACACCAUGCACAUUUUGAAUGGGUCACUUGCCAGUCUUAUUCCAUUACCCAUCUCUACAGCCUUGUCUAACAUCUCUUGCUCCUGUUUUAGGAGAUUCAUCUGUGACAUGCCUGUGCAUUGGUACUGGUUUAACGACUUUGUCUUGACUUUUUUUGUUUGUCUUGUUUUCUGUUGUGUUCUUUAUUUCUGCACCUGUAGCUAAGGAUGACGAAAAUAUCCAAUGUAAAACCUGAAAAUAACAACACGUUACAGUUUGAACUGUAAGAUUUAACAUGUCCUAU